CAACGAUUACAAUGAAGACGCUAAAGAUCAAUUCUACAAUAGGCUUCCGCCAACCAUCGAGAAAUGCCCAACAAAGAACCUGACCAUUCUGAUGGGAGACUUAAAUGCCAAGGUUGGAAUGGACAACACUGGAUAUGAAGACAUCAUGGGACGAUACAGACUGGGAGAAAGGGAUGAAAAUGGUGAGAGAUUUGCAAACCUAUGUGCCUUCAAGAAAAUCAUCAUAGGCGGCACUAUAUUCCCACACAAACGCAUUCACAAAACCACAUGGACUUCACCGAAUCACACCACGCAAAACCAAAUCGACCAUAUUUGCAUCAACAAAACGUUCAGGAGGACCAUAGAGGACGUGAGAACCAAGAGAGGAGCUGAUAUAGCCUCAGAUCAUCACUUGCUGAUCGCCAAGAUGAAAUUGAAACUCAAGAAGCACUGGAAAACGGGGCGGAAAUAUCGCAAAAGUUCAAUACGGCCUUUCUUCAGGAUACUUAAAAACUCAACAAACUCAAGAUAGUUUUGAGCAAUAAGUUCCAGGCCUUUCAUGAUCUACUUAAUGGAGAAGGAACUAUUAUGGAUAGCAACUGGAAAGGGAUAAAAGACGCAAUCACUUCAACAUGUUAUGAGGUUCUGGGCCACAAGAAACACCAUCACAAGGAAUGGAUCAUUGUUGAUACACUGGAUAAGAUUCAAGAAAGGAGGAACAAGAAAGCAGCAAUCAAUACCAGCCGAACAAGAGCAAAAAAAGUCAAGGCACAAGCUGAAUACACAGAAGUAAACAGGAGCAUCAAAACCGACAAACGUAAAUAUAUGGAAGAUUUAGCAAUGACGGCGGAAAAGGCUUCAAGAGAAGGAGAUAUGAGACAACUGUAUGACAUAACAAAGAAAUUCUCUGGAAAUCACCGUAAACCAGAAUGACCAGUGAAAAGCAAGGAAGGCAAGGUAAUCACCAACAUUGAGGAACAGCGAAAGAGGUGGGUUUAAUACUUCAAAAAACUCUUGAAUCGACC